GGCGUACAGUAGCUCGGACUCGGAACUCUCAGACGCAAGCGUGCAGUGCCGGUAGUAAUAGGCGAUUUUCGAUCCAGUGGAAUGCGGUAGUUGAAAUUUACAAGGGUUCCUAGCGUUACUCUGUGUCAGUGCAGUACACGCGAUGUUGUACGAGCGGCGUGGGAGGUUGAAGUGAAUCUGACAACGCUACGAUUGCGGAGUGUUUCCUCUUACAUUUAUGUGAGCUGUGAUUCAGUGAUCGGUUACGAUGAAGUGGGUUUUACUGAUAAGGCCUAGUGAUUGAAAUUUUCUCAUAGUUUAUUGUGCCAAUCUUGGAUGUAUUGUCUGUGAUAUUUGUCAACAUGCAGCUACACCUGAAUCGCUUCUUUAGACCCCCGGAACGGAGUGAUACAAUAUAAAAGGGUCGGCAGUAACCCCCGGGAUGUAGCACAGCAUGCGCAGUAGCACUGUCAGUGCCCCCGUGCAAUCUUGUGUUUUUGGCCUCACCGCUCCCAACGCACGUUACGCCGCCGUUCAGCUUCUUACCAACCAGUUUUUAUAUUUUAUUGUUGAGCCCAAAUCUCGCACGAGGGAGCUGUACCAAGAGACAUGCCGACACUUGGCAGCAAGCGGUAUGCAAGACACCGAACUGUUCGGCCUGGCAACCGCGUCCGAUGGCGAGUACCUAUUUGCUGACCUGGACUACAAGCUGUCCAAGUAUGCCCCCAAGAACUGGCGAUCCUCCUCUACCAAUGGAUUGGACAGCAAUGGCAAGCCUCUGCUCAUACUGCACUUCCGAGUCAAAUUCUACUUGGACAGCCCUCUCCUCCUGCGGGAUGAGGCAUCGCGACAUCAUUACUAUCGUCAGCUACGGUACAAUGUGGUGGCACGAGGACUCCUGCACGCAUGCGCCUCCGAGGAGGUCCUGUACCUGCUGGCGGGUCUGGCGCUCCAGGCAGACUUCGGGGACUUCAGUGCUCUCCCACCCACCACCACUCAAACCUACUUCGACCCUGGCGACUAUUUCCCACAACAGAUGGUAUCCAGUGGCAGUGAGCCCCGUAUCGUGCAGACGGCGUCCAGCCUGCACCGCGCGUACCGAGGCCUCACGCAAGCCGAGGCUGAGAGCCAGUUUAUUCGUGAGGCCUCAUCGCCAGAUACCUCACCCCUCACACACAACUCCCACCUUUACCGCCUGAAGCAGCGCAAGCAAGACUCAGGCCCAGGCUCUGUGCUACUUGCCAUCUGUACCCGAGGCAUAGAGCUCUAUCAGGAAAACUCCACCAAAGCACUAAGCGGUACCUUCCUGUGGAAUGAUAUAGGGAAGUUGUGUUUUGAUCGCAAGAAGUUUGAGAUUCGAGGACUGAACUGGCCAGUGUCAGGGGAGAAGUUGACUUAUUACACCAGCAGUGAUGAGAAAGCCAAACAUCUUCUAGCGUUAUGUCGAGAGAGCCACCAGUUCAGCAUGGCACUGGCGCCACGACUCGGAGACAUAAGGCGCAAGGAAGAGGAGGAGCGGAAGAGGUAUCGUGACUGGGGUCUCAGUAAUAGUGUUGUGUGCCACCGUGGGGACCAGAGAAUCUCUGUGAUCUCCAGCACUUCCAGUAACACAACCAGUGGCAUUGUGUCAGACCGUGUUCAUAGUCUGGAUGAGAGUGAAGACGACCUUGAGCUGGAGAUAAUGAUCAACACUCCCCCUGCACCCUCUGUGGAGUCACUUGCCCUUGCUCACCUUCAAGACAGUGUGACAGUAGUCACUCCCUCCUCUCCUCGACCAUGCUUCGAUACCCAGGGGGGUGACUGCGUGGACAGUGUGAGUGGAGGUGUUGGGGCCAAGGCAGGUGGAGCAGCUACUCCUGCCACUACAGAUGGCAGUCAGUGCUCCUCUUCUUGUUCUACUGUGGUUGUGGCAGGAACCACAUCCGAAACCAUUACGAGGGAGAGUAAGCAGCUUGUAACAUCUAGACGCAGAGCAAGUACAAGCUCAAGUCUUGAACUAGGUUACUCACACACAGCUCAGAAUUCUGCACUAAGUGACACCAGUGCUAGCCUCGAACUCGACUACAGCGUUCAGUCUGCGCACACCAGCAGUGGCGUGUACACAUUGCGCAGUAGCACAGCUGCACAUACUCUAGCGUGCUCCAGUCAGACCUCUGGGAUCGUCCUGGACCAGUCAGAUGGUCAGAGAACACGCAGUGGCUCUCUAGUAAGUGCCUCAGGUAGCUUUCACGGUGAUGGCAGUGAUCCCUCAGAUGCAGGACGUGGUGCUCUCCUAACGGCUGAAGAAUUGUCUGAUCUAAUUGUUGGAAGGAGUCCUAAGCCUCGCAGGGGAAUAUACCCUUCACGCGCCACCGUGAGCUCUACUCUUGACUCGGACUCUGACUACGUAACUCUACCUCCACCACCCCUCCCACCUCCUCGAUCAGAUUCUGAGAGGCCAUCAUCUAGCUACGCUAUUCUUGAUCUAGCAUCAGCACUGUCUUCACCAGAAGAAACACUCGCCUCACCCCUUAGACUGGACGAUUCUCUAUCUAACCUGAGUCUUUCUUCAAGAAAAUCAAUGGAAGAAUCCAUAUUACAACAGCAAAUCCAGUUUCAACAUCUAGCUUCAAGUUUUUCUCCACAAAAACAGUGUUCACAACAUUUCCCACCAGCACAAGUGCAGUUAAAUCAUACUGUUUCAAAGACUGCAGUUUCGACAUCCAGCACUGCUGUGCAGACUUCGGACCUGCACCAAUACCUGUCUCAGCCUCUGACUGUCCAGUCUUCAGCAGCUAGUCAGUUUCAACCAUCCUAUGUUUUACAAAGCCAGAGUUCUCCCAAGUCUUCUACUGUAUAUACACCUUUACCCAACCUCCCAUCUCCAACGGAAGAGGCAAGUGCCCGAUUCAUCACGACUAAGCCGCACAUCAACAUCCUGACUGCUCAUACGAGUAUGGUUGCAUCGACAGCAGCCCCCAGUUUUGCUGCACCCACCCUGGCCUACCGCACCUCUCAGAGUACCUACCUCCCAGAGACCCGCAGUUACCCCAUAGACCCUGCUUCCAGAAUGAAGAUCAAGCACCCACAGAAUACGCAGAAUUUGAUUCCCAUUGUCGGCAGCAACAAUUACUUGGAUGUGCGAGGAAGUGGAGCUGCCUUCCUUCAACAUUUUCAUCAAAAGUUCCCUCCACCACCACCUGUAUUACAUCCCCGUCAACCCCCACCUCCUCCACCCCCACCUCCACCGAGAACUGCUCUGCAGACUGUCUACACCAGCCAGGUUACACGGAGUCAGAUAGAACAGUUCAAACAACAAUUGUAUUCAGAUGUUGAUUACGUCAUCUAUCCCAUGCAAGAUCCAGCUAUAAGUAAGCAGGAAUAUAUGGAUUCCAAGAUUGCUUUGGGCCACUACAAUCAGGUCUACCCACCACCUCCUUACCCAUCUUAUUCCGGCAAGUCUCACAUGGUUUACAGGAGUACUCCGAAUGUUGCUGUGGCCAGUGGCUACAUUCCUGUAUCGUUCAAAAACCCAUCGAUUCCAUCUCAAGUGAAAUAUGCUUCUAAUCAGAAUCUUUCUUCGGACUAUACUGCUUAUCCUGGGUCUUCAUUUUCAUUUUUGAACCACUACCCUUCUUCAACAUCUCCCUUGUAUUCAGCAGCUGCUUCUUAUUCAUCUUCCUCAACACAGAGUUUGCGCUACGAUCCAUUCUCACUUCAGAUGGGAAUGCCAAAGUUGAUUUCACCAAUUCUUAGUGGAGGAAGUUUUACUAGGACACAAUCUGACGAUAACAUACUGAAUUCGGCUUAUGAAAAACCUCCUCUGGAAAGAAGAAUACGCAGACCUCCUCCUCCCCUGCCACCUCCUUAUGAUAUGCAGAGAGAAGUAGAUGUCCACAAGAAGCAGCUUCCGACUGUGACACACGCUCCCCGCCCAGCUCCUCUGCCUUUGGCAACAAAGGCAACUGGAGAAGACAAGUCUUUGGGAGACAAGGCAGCGGCAGACGGACUGCUAGACAUCCGUACACUUCGAGAGAAGAGCCGGAAUAUGGACCUGCCCCUGAUAUCUGCGCUGUGUAACGACCGGUCGCUGCUGAAGCAGACCAAUGCAUUUGUCAUGCCAAGACACCCCGGUGAGAAGAAGUGUGAGGGAAGACCGAUAAGCUGGCACGUGGAGUCCUCUCCAAAGAAGUCGCCGGACACCAAGCUUUCACCCACUGACCCGGUAACUGAAGGAACACCCAAGAAGUCCUUCCUGUCCUCAUUAUUAUCGUCCAAGUCUGUGAGUGAUCCCAGUUCACCUGUGAAGCACUCGUACAGUACGGCCUCUAAGGUCAAGUAUCCGGUCUCGGGACUGUCCACGACACAGAUUGUCAAGCCCGGGCGUAAGGCCAUGAGCCGCCACACGCACCCUCAAGAAACCAAGGCCACAAAAGUGGGUCGGAGCAAGAGUACAAGCAGUGCGACCACCAGUAGUGCCAAUGUUACAGAUACGAUUUUACCUCAAUGAAAAGAUAUCUGUGUAUAGAUGUAGAAUUAGGUAGAAAACACAAGCUUCACAAGUACCCAUAGAGAUUCAAACCAUGACAUGAUACUCAAUUUUAAAACUAAGUAAGGGAAAUGCAAUAAUUUAAGCUCUGAUCUGUGAUUAUUUGUUGAUUCGUUUUAAACUCUUUGUUUUAAUGGUUGUUUACAAAAAUAUAGUUUUUCUGUAUAAAAGACAUAGUUUGUAGCGGCUAAAAGUCUUCCUUACGACAUAACUGAGAUUUAAAUAUCUCGAAUUUUAAUUUUAAGCACAGUAACAAUUGCUCAAUUUAAAUUUGAUUUAUUUAUUUAUGUUAAAUACCAUCAAUGAAUCUCAGAAAUGGUAUUAUUUUAAGAUUUUUUAUUUUUAUUUUUUAUACGUUUUGUUUUUUUAUUCGACAUUUGUUUUAGAUGAUGUAGAGUAGAAAAUUCAUUAUAGGUUGGUUAUUUUUUUAUAUGAAACAUCAAUUUUCAUUUUUUAUAAGUGCUAUAUUUUAAAUCUAUAAACAAGUGUAUUCUUUUAGUGAGAACAGUUAUUGAAAAUUAAACUACUUAGAUUAUUUAAAAUUCUAAUAAGUGUGUUAAUUUGGAUUCCAAAUAUAUUUUAAAUUAAACUUUACUUUGCACACUUCCCUUACAUUAAAAUUGAUUAUCAUUCUAUCUCUAUGGUUGCUGUAAAGCUGUUAUAGUAUAGAUAAAUUCAAUUAAUUAUUGUAUAAUCUUUAUUAUUAUUGUAUUGCAAUAUUAUUUUAAUUAUUAACUGUAAAAUUGCAGAGUGAUUUGGUAGCCAAAAGAUUUUACAUUACAAAGCUUUUUAUUUAACACGUGUAGUUUGAAAUAUGUGUAAUCAAGUUUUUUUAUUGCAUAUUAGGAAAAAUCUUUAAAAGUUUGAAAAUGAAAUGUUUAUAAGUGGUUUAUAACUGUGUAUGUGUUUUAUCACUGAAUUUAAAAAUAACUUAAAUAACUAAACAACAUAACUGGGUGAUAAUGUUAUAUUUUUAGAUAUUUCUAUCACACCACUACCACUAUGACAUAAAAAUAAUGUUUUAUUGUUUUUGGAACUGUAUUGAUUAUCUUGUUUAUUUGUUGUUCUUUGUAAGGGAAGUAUUGUAAUUUUCUGUACUGUUAACGGUAGUGUACUGUUAUAGUAAACUAAAAAUUUCACUUAUGUUUUAUUUUUGUUUUAAAACUGCAUUUUAUUAUAUUUUUAGUGUAAAGAGAUAAUGAAGAAGUGUGUUUAUAGCAUGUGCUAAGAAUACAGUAUUUCAUAUUGUCCGGCAGUACAUAGAUUAGGUUAGCAAGCCUAGUGCCAGUCAGAUGGAGUGCCUUAAUGUAUAGCCACACAUUAUUUUAUGUAAAGGGAAGUGAAGAUUCCACAAAAUAAGUAUUAGUUUAAGUAUUGCCCAAUAAAGUUAAUAUUGGGUUAUCAUUUUUGGUGCUAUUCUUUAACUUUCUUUAUAGAGAAACUUAAAUACUUGAUUAUUUUUCACCGGUGAAGUUGAAUCAUGUUUUUUAAGUACAGUACAUUUCCAAAUUAAAGUACAGUAAGUGUAGUGUUAUGAAAAAUGAGCUGUUCAGUAGAUGGUAGACAUGUAUAAUAUAUAAACAAAUUGUAUUAUUUUACAACGACUGAGAAUGAAAUGCAUUACCUAACAUGUGUAAGCAAGCCUUCCUUACAUAUUAUUUCUACAUGUCAAUAAUGUCAUAAUUAAAUCAUACAUAUUAAGUUUUACCCAAAUCAAAUGUUUGUAACAUUUUAACAAUUCUCCUCAUUCUAUAAACUGUAUUCUUAUAAUUAUCAUUAUCAAAUAAAAUUGUAUUUUAUUGUGAAUCUCCCCAGGCCGAAUAAAAUCCACCAAAUUGACACUUUUGACAAAUGAAUGUCAAGAUUUAAAAACUACAUGAAACUUACUUUGACCAACAGCUAUUGUUUGAGAUUUGUAUAUAUAGUUCAAUAAUAAACAUAACAAUCAGGACAUUUUUAUUAUACAACAAUAAUUUUUUUUUAUUAGUGUUUAAUCAAACAUCAUUCACCACUGCCACUCAUAUUGUUUUCCAACAGUUUGAUCAGUAAUGUCAAAUGAAUUAAAUUAAUUGAUAUCAUCAUUAAAAAAUUACUGAGAAACUAUUUCGCUUUGUUUACAUAUAAAAACUACAAGAAUUGAGCAAAAUAGAGAAUAGUUAUUGUGUCAGCUGACACCCCUCACAGAAACCAAUACACUCACUGAUGCAACACAAGCAGGAAAAAUGAAAUCACUGCUGUAUCUUCCAAACAAUCUACUGUGAUAUUAUUCAAAAGGCUUGUGUAUAUGUGAGCAUGGGAAGAUUAUUCUACCACUUACACGUGUUAGUGUUUAUAUUAAGAGUUCCAUUAGCCACUAUAAGAAAUAUUUACUUUAAAUAAUUAAAUCUUAGAAAUCACACAAUGCCUUAAGCUUGUUUAUAUGAUAUACAAUCAACGGACAAAAUUUCCAACAGUUGAAUUAAACGUAGAUUUAACUUCAGUGAGGUCAUUAAUAUUUUAUUGCUUCCUAAUUCACUCUGAAUUCUAAUUCUGACAUUCUGUUUACAAUUCUAAGUGAUAUUUAUAAAUAAUCUAUAAGUAACAUUUAGAAAUAGUGUUUUUGUGUUCAGAAUAUUUCAUGUUUAUAGAUUUUGGAUCAACAUUAAGCGUAUAGUAAAUAAAAAUAAAUUAAGUAGCACUUAACAUUUUGUUUCUAAGGUAUGUUAUUGCUGAUAUGUGUUAUAGCGAUGUCUAUGUUAUUUGCACUCAAAUAUUUAUCAUUUGUCUAAAGUUUAUAUUGUGCCGUUUUUAAUUAUUUAAACAAACUCACACGAGUUUUUUACUUCAUACUUUGUUGAAUAUAAUAAGUGCCAAUUCCUUA